AUGUUGAUACACAAAAUAAGGGCACUCUCCAGUGUCCUACAAAACAGCCUCAUGGCUUUACAUUUAAGCCGCAACCUGACUGACUCUGGCAUGGACGAAUACAUGAAUGGCACCGACACUGAGAAUGGCACCAAACCGGAACCCACCCCGACCCCAGGACCAAUCCGCAAGAACUGGCCAGCCCUCCUGAUCUUUAUCGUCAUCGUGAUUACUGUUGCCGGCAACAUACUGGUGAUCAUGGCCGUGACCCUGGAGAAGAAGUUGCAGACUGCAACUAACUUCUUCUUGAUGUCACUGGCUGUGGCCGACAUGUUAGUCGGGUUAUUAGUCAUGCCGGUGUCUGUUCUCACCAUCCUCUAUGAGUACACCUGGCCUCUUCCGAAACAACUCUGUCCGAUGUGGAUCUCCCUGGAUGUGCUCUUCUCGACUGCGUCCAUCAUGCACCUCUGCGCUAUCUCCCUGGAUCGCUACAUUGCUAUCCGGAAUCCGAUUGAGCAUAGCCGGUUCAACUCUCGCACCAAGGCCAUUAUAAAGAUUGCCAUCGUCUGGACUAUCUCGAUGGCUGUGUCUGUGCCCAUCCCAAUCAUCGGUCUGAGGGAUGAGAGCAAGGUCUUUGUGAAUGGAAGCUGCACUCUGAACGAACCCAACUUUGUGCUGAUUGGCUCCUUCGUGGCGUUUUUCAUUCCUCUUUUCAUUAUGGUUAUCACCUACUGCCUGACCAUUCAGGUCUUGCAGGGCCAGAGCCAGGUGUUUGGGGGUGAGAGGCGUAGGAAGCGUUCCAAGUUUGGCUGCCUGCGGAGGGAGAGGAGCGCCAACAACAUCUCCACGAUCCACAACCCCAAUGCCAUUCGUAUUAUUUCUCCGGGCCAUCGGGAGGGUUAUCGUAAGGGUACCAUGCAAGCCAUUGCUAAUGAGCGUAGGGCCUCCAAGGUGCUUGGCAUUGUUUUCUUUCUCUUCCUGCUCAUGUGGUGCCCAUUCUUUGUCACUAAUAUUAUGGCGGUUAUGUGCACUCAGUCCUGCCGCAAGUCAACUCUUGAUGAGCUCCUGAGUGUGUUUGUUUGGGUUGGUUAUGUGUGCUCUGGCAUCAACCCUCUAGUGUACACCCUGUUCAACAAGACCUACCGCCGGGCCUUCCUUAAGUACCUUAGCUUUGGAUGGCUGGGGCAAACCAAGAGCCCCCCCCGGCAGAUCCCUCUUAGUGCCGCUAACCUGUACCCCAGGGAAUACCCUGGGACCGACUUCGUCCCAACUGGAUUUACCCCCAGAGAGUAUUGCGUAACUCACGAGGAGGAGGAGGAUGAUGAUGUGCCCCAGAUUGUCCCCCUUGAGGAGAGGUCCAUUGAGGAGAGGUCCAUUGAGGAGAGGCCCAAUACUGAGUUGGUUGAGGUGGUGAUUGAGAUGGCGCCUUGCUCUCCCCAGCCGAUAGUCGAGGAUACCUGUACUAUGGUCGAUGAGAAAGUCACUACUGUUUAA